UUUCUUCAGUCGUCGUUGACUAUUGACAGCUCGCAGGAAGUCCGUCGCAGCUCCUUGUUUCUCUUGGAGAGCCUUUUCUUUUCGUUUAAACUGAACAAAAUUAAGACUCUGACCACUUUGGACCAGCAGUAGAUGACAGGAAUGGAGGAAUAUCACAACGGAAACGAGGGCUCCUUCAACUCUGAAGAAGCUGACAGCAUCGUUAAAGAGUGUAUCGAGAGCGUCGUGGCUGGUGACGACUACAGCCAGAGUCAGGUGAACAAGUGGACCGCCAGCAUCGUGGAGCGCUGCCUCACGCAGCUCGUCAAGCAGGGGAAACCGUACAAAUACAUCGUGACGUGUGCCGUGAUGCAGAAAACAGGAGCAGGCCUCCACACGGCAAACUCCUGCUACUGGGACACUGCCAUGGACGGAAGCUGCACCGUGAGGUGGGAAAACCGCACCAUGUACUGCGUGGUCAGUGUGUUUGCUGUGGCUGUCGUAUAGGACGCACACACAACUGACCACCAUCAUCAUCAGAGGGGGAGUGCAGUGUGUUCCUGUGACCAGCAGGGGGCCACCAAGUGCCACAGAAUCCACAGCUGUGUGGAAAACAGCUGUAUUCUCUUUAGUUUCCAACCUUCAGGUGCAUGUAAACAUCAUCUUCUUCAUGUAUUUAUUUUUCUCAUAUCACUGCAGUGCUUUAAUGGUUCCACAUUCACGUUUAUUUAUCACUCACUGACGCCUGAUAGCGUGCAGCAGCUGCAAACAACACACUCUUCGGUGUUUUGUGAUGUUUACUUUGUGCAUCAUGUCAGCAGCAAAAAGAAGAUUUUUGUAUUCAGCGUCGAUAGCUGCAGGAAAAUAAAACAUGAAGAGCUUUAUGAACAGAA